AUGGACUGGGACUCCAAUCAAGGCAGAACUUCAACCUCUCUGGAUGCUGUGAAUGGAAUGGGAUUCUGUGGAAAGAAAGGAACUGCAACAAAGAACACUUCAACUUUCUGGAUGCUGUGGAUGGACUGGGACUCCAAUCAAGGCAGAACUUCAACCUCUCUGGAUGCUGUGGAUGGAAUGGGAUUCUGUGGAAAGAAAGGAACUGCAACAAAGAACACUUCAACAUUCUGGAUGCUGUGGAUGGACUGGGACUCCAAUCAAGGCAGAACUUCAACCUCUCUGGAUGCUGUGGAUGGAAUGGGAUUCUGUGGAAAGAAAGGAACUGCAACAAAGAACACUUCAACUUUCUGGAUGCUGUGGAUGGACUGGGACUCCAAUCAAGGCAGAACCUCAACCUCUCUGGAUGCUGUGGAUGGAAUGGGAUUCUGUGGAAAGAAAGGAACUGCAACAAAGAACACUUCAACCUUCUCGAUGCUGUGGAUGGAAUUGGAGUCCAAUCAAGGCAGAACUUCAACCUCUCUGGAUGCUGUGGAUGAAUGGAACUCUGUGGAAAGAAAGGAACUGCAACAAAGAACAUUUCAACCUCUCUGGAUGCUGUGGAUGGACUGGGACUCCAAUCAAGGCAGAACCUCAACCUCUCUGGAUGCUGUGGAUGGAAUGGGAUUCUGUGGAAAGAAAGGAACUGCAACAAAGAACACUUCAACCUUCUGGAUGCUGUGGAUGGAAUUGGAGUCCAAUCAAGGCAGAACCUCAACCUCUCUGGAUGCUGUGGAUGGAUGGAACUCUGUGGAAAGAAAGGAACUGCAACAAAGAACACUUCAACAUUCUGGAUGCUGUGGAUGGACUGGGACUCCAAUCAAGGCAGAACUUCAACCUCUCUGGAUGCUGUGGAUGGAAUGGGAUUCUGUGAAAAGAAAGGAACUGCAACAAAGAACACUUCAACUUUCUGGAUGCUGUGGAUGGACUGGGACUCCAAUCAAGGCAGAACUUCAACUUUCUGGAUGCUGUGGAUGGACUGGGACUCCAAUCAAGGCAGAACUUCAACCUCUCUGGAUGCUGUGGAUGGAAUGGGAUUCUGUGGAAAGAAAGGAACUGCAACAAAGAACACUUCAACUUUCUGGAUGCUGUGGAUGGAAUGGGAUUCUGUGGAAAGAAAGGAACUGCAACAAAGAACACUUCAACCUCUCUGGAUGCUGUGGAUGGACUGGGACUCUGUGGAUGGAAUGGGACUCUGUGGAUGGAAUGGGACUCUGUGGAAAGAAAGGAACUCCAACAAAGAAAACUCCAAUCAGAACUUCCUUCAACCUCUCCGGAUGCUGUGGAAAGAAUGGGACUCCAAUCAAGGCAGAACUUCAACCUCUCUGGAUGCUAAAACUCCUAUCAGAACUUCCUUCAACCUCUUUGGAUGCUGUGGAAAGAAUCGGACUCCAAUCAAGGCAGAACUUCAACCUCUCUGGAUGCUGUGGAAAGAAAGGAACUUCAACAAAGAAAACUCCAAUCAAGGCAGAACUUCAACCUCUCCGGAUGCUGUGGAAAGAAUGGAACUCUAAUCAAGCAGAACUUCAACCUCUCUGGAUGCUGUGGAAGGAAUGGGACUCCAAUCAAGGCAGAACUUCAACCUCUCUGGAUGCUGUGGAAGGACUGGGACUCCAAUCAAGGCAGAACUUCAACAUCUCUGGAUGCUGUGGAAGGACUGGGACUCCAAUCAAGGCAGAACUUCCUUCAACCUCUCUGGAUGCUGUGGAAAGAAAAAAACUUCAACAAAGAUAA